AUGGCAUCGUCAGGCAUAAUUAAUGUGGUUGUGACUGGCAAUCGGCCAUUCAUGGAGUACGAUUACAAUACAUCUCAGCUAGUCAGAGAUGCUCUUCCAGAUAGCAUACCAAUGUCGAACCAAAAGGAGAUCCGCAUAUUCAAGUACUUCCGCGACACCUGGGAUACGUACGACGAUGUCCGCUAUGUCUCUCGGGACAUAUGGAGUGGCAAACGUUCGCUAUUUCUGCCAAAGCCUGAGCCAAAUGAUGAGGAGGAAUACGUCAAUGUCGACUUUAUUCUACAUUUGGGCAUGAUUGCUUUGGGAUGGGACCACAAGCAAUUCCGAUUCGAGACGAAAGCGCGCAGAGAUGGAUACAAACUCCCUGGCGACGAUAGCAAGAAAGUCGACUCGGACCAGCUUAAGCGCCUUGGCUUGCCAGAGGAGCUGUCAACAUCAUUGAAUGUCGAGGCUGCGUGGCGUAAGGUACAACAGCUUUAUCCAAAUGUCACUUCAUGCGUCUCGGACAAUGCAGGGCUCUACUUCUGUGAAUUCCGUCUUUAUUCAUCGCUCGCUGAGCCUUUGUUGUGCAAAGAGCUUGAAGACAAGAAGGGUCGCGUCGUAUUUCAACAUUUGCCUCAAGCCCACGAUUCGAAGGCAAUCGAGCUUGCUCGGGAUAUCACUGUGGCUUACAUCUCCGGUCUCGCUGAUGAUCCCAUCUUUAAUAAAGACUCUGCCAGUAUUUGGGGAAUGGGCUCGGCCUAUCUUAUGCAGUCUAUUUGUCAGGCUGUAGACACACAGAACUGCAAGAAACAAGGUAGCCAAGACUGCAUAUAA